UGACUCUGAUCCGGGAUCAGUCGAGACUCCGUCAGUCUGAUGCUGUAAACAAACGCGGAGGUUCCGGUACUCGGACGAUAUUUAUGAAAUCUAAAGGAUGGAAAUAAGGCUUCCGAUUUCCACACACAACCAUGUUUUGUUGUGUGUCUCCGCGGUGUUUGUUUACGCUGGUGUGUGUGGCGUGUCGGCGAUAGACGUGUUCACUCCUGCCGAGGUGUAUGUGGAGAACGGGACCACAGCCACUCUUUCCUGUAGUUUCAAGUCUAGAGAAGUGAUCAGUAGUUUAGCGUCAGUGGUGUGGUCCUUCCUUCCGGAGGGAGAAGCCGGACAGCCCACCUCAUUCUUCUACUACUCCGGCGGGAAGCCGUUUCCGGGUACCGUGCCGCAGUUUAAGUCUCGUGUGGAAUGGGCCGGAGACAUGAACAAGAAGGACGUGUCGAUCCGUGUGGUUCAGAUGCAGUUCAAGGACAACGGGACGUUCAGCUGCGACGUGAAGAAUCCUCCAGACAUCUCCGGACAGGUGUCCAUCAUUAAAGUCAGGGUGGUCAUGAAAGAGGCUCUUCCUCAGUCCAGCACGGCCGUGAUCGUGGGCGGCGUGAUCGGGGCCGUCAUCGGCAUCAUCAUCAUCGCCGUGGUCACCUACCUGAUCAUCAGACGACAGGAGUCCAGUAACGACUACCAAGGCUGCACCUCGUUAGAGAGUGUGAGCUCACAGAACACUAGAGUGGGAAAGAAAGCGGAGUCUAGCAACGACAACUCACGCUGCUCCAGCCCCUCCGCCCCCGUACAGGGCCCGGUGAUCUACGCCCAGCUCGAUCACUCCGGCAGCAAGAACUCCUUCCACAAGAUGGAGCCGGUGGUGUACGCAGACAUCCGCAAGAACUAGAGCGCCUUGGCACGUGACGGGUCAGACGGGUCAGACGGGUGGGUUAGUGGGUUAGUACUGGACUGGUGACGGCACGUGACCACAGACUCUUUCUUCUGUUUCUGUGUGUUUUCAUGUCAAUGUUAAUGUGAGUUUCUAGAGUAAGAACGCAGCUGGAUCUCACGCUCCUCGCGUCUCACCACUUCAACUAAACACACAGAAUCAUGUUUUUAACAGCUUUGAUCUCUUUCCUGGAGCGCUUUUCAUUCAUUGAGUUCUUUGUCAUUUCAUCAUAUAUUUUGCAUUGAAAAAAUGGGCCGUUUAUUUUUUUUUUGACAUAUUUCCUAAAGAAAACGAAGCCCUUGGGACCACGACUUAAUGUUUAAAAGACCAGACUCUGUGCUGCUCUGAACUCUAAGUCAACAGAAAAACAGCAUGAUGCAUAAACACCGCUCAAAUAAUGUGCUUAUUUUAAAUUUUUUAAUUUUGUUUAUAAGUUAAUGAUCAGUUUUGUUCCACAUUUCACCACAAAAAGCCUUUCUAAAAAGUGUUUUGGUGACAAUUAUGAUUCUCAUUACUGCAUUAAAUUAAAAUAUUACUGUAGUUUUUUUUUUUUUUUUUAGAUCAAUGUUUAAAAAAAUGCAUAAAUAUUUAGCUGUUUAAUAUAUUUUUAAUAGUGAUCAUGAUAGCUUUGGGGGAAAUUGUGCUUAUUUUACAUUUACGCAACUUAGAAUGAUUUUAUUGUCAAAUAUAAUUUUUUUUAAGGUUAAGAUCAAAGGGUUAGUUCACACGCGACGCGUCCCAGGUGUGUGACUUUCUUCUUUCAGACGAAUCCCAUCACAGUUAGAUUAAAAUUGUUAUAUGAAAAAAUGCAUUUUCUAAAUGAAUUGUUUUGGGUUUUAUUUUUGUGACAAUUAAGAAAAUUUUAUUUCAUAACUUUACUAAUGAUGAUUUUGAAUCAACCUAGAAAUACCAUUAUGUGUAAAUACUUAGUUUUCUACAUGUUGUUGUUUAUGAGAACGUUCACUGUGGUGAUGUUUAUUUAGUUAGCGUGGUGAGACGUGAAGCGCAUGUCUUCGUGAGAUCGUCUGCAUGUAACUGACGUUCUAAUCACGGCUGAAGAUCGUGGAGCAUGAUGGGUAAUCGUCACCCCUUCACGAUCCCAAACGCUGCCAAACUGUGGAGGAGGACGGUUAGCUCAUCUCCGCGGUCAGACUAGUUAGCUUGUUAACAAGACAACACUAAUCCUGUUAGCGUAUGUGUGUAGAAAUGACCAGUGUUCAGUGUUAGUUUUAGUCUUUACAUUCCGCAUUUAAUGCAUCGCUGCCAUUCGAGUCGAAACACUCCCAUGUUUAUGUCUUAAGGGUUUUUUGGGUUUUUUUUAUGUACAUUUCAUUUGUUGUAACUUAAGUUUUGUUUUUGAUUUCUGACACUUUUGAACACUUUUGAGAAAAUUAUCAUUGCCAGACCAUUCCUUUGCGUUUCUGAUGCUGGAGUUGUUUUAUUGUGUUUUUAUUUGCCUAGAUGAUGAUUAUGUUUUGUACUGCACAUUCCAUGACGCCUGUCGGUACUGAUUCGAUUCAAUACUGGUUCGAUUCGGUACUGAUUCGAUUCGGAACUGAUAUGGUACUGAUUCGAUUUGAUACUGGUUCGAUUUGGAACUGAUUCGGUACUAGUUCGAUUCGGAACUGAUUCGGUGCUGCUUCGAUUCAGUACUGAUUCGAAACUGGUUCGAUUUGGAACUGAUUUGAUUUGGAACUGAUUCGGUACUGAUUCAAUUCAGUACUGGUUCGAUUCGGAACUGAUUCGCUGCUGCUUCGAUUCAGUACUGAUUCGAAACUGGUUCGAUUUGGAACUGAUUUGAUUUGGAACUGAUAUGGUACUGAUUCGAUUUGAUACUGGUUCGAUUUGGAACUGAUUCGGUACUGGUUCGAUUCAGUACUAGUUCGAUUCGGAACUGAUUCAGUGCUGCUUCGAUUCAGUACUGAUUCGAAACUGGUUCGAUUUGGAACUGAUUCGAUUCAGAACUGAUUUAGUACCGGUUCGAAUCAGCACUGAUUCGAUUUGGUACUGGUUCGAUUCGGUACUGCAGUUGCGAACCCUGCACUGUUUCUGAUUCAGACUGCAGCACUAUCGCGUUUAUCACAUGAUCAUGUAAACUGGAACACUGUGGAUGAGAGUGCCUUCAUCGACUAACGCCUGUUAUACACUUCCUGUGUUUUCUUCUUGUUUUACUGGCCUUUUGUAUAUGAAAACAGCCGUGUCUGUCUAAUUUUAUACGUACAUAUAUAGAAAUAUAUCAAACUGAACGAAA